UGGUGUGUAGUCACGUGGAGACGGUCCUCCUCGGGUCUGUCCAAACAGAGCGAGCUGUUAGCAGUCUGUCUGUUGGAGCGCCGCUUGGUGCUAAACUGAUUCAUGUUGUUUUUUUAGCCACCCAUCCCUUUAAACUUGACUAUUUUAUCGAAGAAUGAGUGAUAACGAUGAUAUCGAAGUCGAUAGUGACGAAGAAUCACCGAGAUAUCACUGUGUGGCAGACAAACGGGCACACCACAAUGCGCUGGAGCGCAAACGUAGGGACCACAUCAAAGACAGCUUUCACAGCCUCCGGGACUCGGUACCCGCCCUGCAGGGAGAAAAGGUUGGUAAAGCUCAGCCUGGGAGUCCUCCCGGCACACAAAUGAUGGUCACUCAUCAGUCUACCAAACAGGCGUCUCGAGCUCAAAUCCUAGACAAAGCCACAGAGUACAUCCAGUACAUGAGGCGAAAAAAUCACACGCACCAGCAGGAUAUCGACGACCUGAAGAGGCAGAACGCGCUGCUGGAGCAGCAAGUCCGCGCUCUGGAGAAGGUGAAGGGCUCCACCCAGCUCCAGGCCAGCUACUCAUCGUCUGACAGCAGCCUGUACACCAACCCCAAAGGCAGCGCCGUGUCGGCGUUCGACGGAGGCUCAGACUCGAGCUCCGAGUCAGAGGCCGAGGAGCCGCCCAACAGGAAGAAGCUGCGCGUGGAGGCCAGCUAGACGGGCCACUCUACUAAAUUCUGGCAACAAAAAAAAAAAAAAGGCCGGGCGGCGGGGCACGAGGGAAGGUGAGAGGAAACGCAGCCUUCAAAGCUCUCGAGGCUCAUCGACCUUUCCCGCCCUCCCCCACCCCCUCCCCUCCUCGCCAUGCCGACCCACCCACAGGCCUCCCUCACCGUCCUCCUCGUUCUCUCUCCUCCAUCUCUGGGUGGACUCGCACUGGAGACUCAUGACCCCUCGAACCUCCUCACACCGCCGCCGCCACAAUCGUCCCUCUUUCCACCCAAUCUCCAAGAACAGGAGGGAGGAAGCCGGCAGGGUGGAAGACGACCGCUUCGAUCCAUCUAGAGAGCUUCAGGUUUUUUUCCCCUUCUUGAUACACCCUUCUUCCCAUCCCUCUCCCUCUCUUUUCUUUGGUUCUCCGUCAUUGGUAUCUCCCCCCUAGCAACGUCAACAAUCCAAAACCCAAAAAGAGGCAGCUUGGCUACUUAAGGACUUGAUGCUUUUUUUGUACCCUCAAUGUAGCCCCUCCUCCUCCCCGGGUUGUUUUUUUUGGGGGGGAAGGGCGCGCCAGGUGUACUCCUCCAAGCACUGCUAUAUUAUAUAUAUUUUUUGUUUUUGUUUAUUUUGUUAUUCUUGAUAAAAACCUGUUUAGAAUUUACACACACACAACACCUAGAUAAAUCGUCCUGGACAAGUUUACCUUUUUAAAACAAAAUAAAAAAAAAAAUAAAACAUUUGUAGCUUACUUUUUCCACUAAAGAAUGUGAAGAUGCUUUGAAGCAAAUGUUAAAAGUGAUACCCACCUCAGGCCCACAGGAUUGCAGAGGUUUUCUGCCUUGACACGUUUGUUAACACAAGAUUUGAAAAAAAAAGAAAAAAAAAAAAGAGACGACAUGACUCCUUUGUUGAAUUUGAUGUUUUGAAAGAGAAUAUUCCUAAACUUGUAUCGUAUUUUGUCCUUUAGCUUGAAGUAGUGAAUGACUUUAGGUGGCUGAAUACGUUAGGCAUCUCGUUUUAUAUAUUAUUAUUAAAAAAAAAAAAAGAAGCCUUGAUUGGAUGUUUUCAAGUUCAAAAGUAUGUUAUGCAUUUUGUAGUAAUUUCACAAGUCAUGGGAAAAUGCCAAUUUGUCACUCGUAGUUCUCCUUUAAGGGUAUGAAAAUAGGUAUUGAAUGUCAAAAGGUAGCUCCCGUCUUUUGCAGUACAAGGAGGCGAAAUGAGUCCCUGUCAAUGUGUUGUGCUUUACACAGUUAAAAAUCAUUGUUGCUGAAUCCCCCCCCCCCUCCCCACCCCCCCAAGGAAAAAAGGAAGCAUUUUGCGUGUCUAGGAAACGUGUGUGUAUGUAUAUUGUUUCCAUUUUAUUUCCAUUUAGGAGGAUAUAAUUAGUGUAAUAGGUCUUUGUUUGUCCGAUUCCAUUCCAUGGAAAUUACAAGUAUGUUGUACAUACUGCCAACAAUUGUCUUGCAAGUUGAGGCCUACCUUUACUAUGAGACUAUAAAAUAAACUAUUUUAUCCUUUAA